AUGCCGCCCUCACUCGGCCCGUUGCUGCCCGACGCCACCCUUCCGCGGCCAGUCGCAGCCCUUACGCGGCCUGUUGCCGCCCCUUUCCGGCCCGCCGCCGCCCUCAGCAGCUCGACGCCGCCCUUCCCGGCCCUUCGCGCCGCCCUAACGACCCGGCGUUGUCCUCUCACAGCCCGCCAUCGCCGCCCUUCGGCUCAGCCCACCGUGUGCCACCCUACACCGCCCCGGCGCCUCCUCCUCCUAUCCCACGGCCGCCCCAACUGCACUCGGGCCGUCGUCACGGAGGCAGGAGCCGCCGCAAUCGGGUCGCCGAGCCGGCGAGCCGCCCAGCAGCCGAGCCGCCGAGCCACCCAGCCGCCGAGCUGCCCAGCAGCCGAGCCGCCCAGCAGUCGAGCCGCCGAGCCGCCUAGCCGCCGUGCAGCCGAGCCGCCGAGCCGCCCAACCGCCGAGCCGCCCUACCGCCGAGCCGCCCGAGCAGCCCCGUCCGAUGACCUGCAGCUGUUCUUACAGUGCGAUAGGGCAGACGGUCUCUCUCUCUUUGACCUCACCUCUGGCGCCUCUCGUGCCCCUGCUGCUGAUGCUGACGCCACUGUUCGCUCCCAGUGGGCCACGCGCGACGCUGCUGCACGUCUUGCUGUGCGUCGCCACCUCCCUACCUCCGAGCGUGCGCAUUUUAGUCAGUACAAGAGUGCUCAGACCUUGUACGACGCUGUAGUUGCACGCUACUCCUCCCCUGCCACUGCUGCACUGAGCCGUCUCAUGCUACCGUACCUCUUCCUUGACCUUGCUGCCUUUCCCACCGUUGCUGACCUCAUUACGCACCUCCGCACUAGUGACACUCGCUACCGCGCUGCACUUCCUGCUGACUUCUGCGCCAAGAACCGCCCCCCCCCCCCCCAUGUACAUCACUCUCUACUACAUAGUCACUCGCCUCCCUGA